AGUGCGUGGUGUGGGGGGCGGUGGUGGCGAGACGUGGCAGCCUUGCCGUGUUCCCGCCUCCCCCGCCACACACAGUGGACUCGCCCGCUGCUCGUCCACAGAAGUUGCGCGCAUCGGCCGUGUGCGUUGUUCUGGGUCCAAAAAUCGCCAAUUUCCGCGGGUGGCUGUGAAGUGAGUGCAGUGGGUGAGUGCGUGAGGGUGUGUGGAGGCAGUGUCGAGUGGAGGGCAGCCAUAGCAGCCCCACACCAUGAGGGCGGGGCGGCGGACGCUGCUGGCCAGGUGUGUUCCAACACUCUCCUAGGACACUCGGGCCCCGCAUGGAAUCAGUCAAGAUAGCAGGGUUAGGGGCGCACGCCCCUCCAAUACUAUACCCUGGGGGAGGCAGACAGCCGCCCCAGGGACCACAAACCGCCCACCCGCCGCCCACGUCAAGGUAUGAAGCGAUGGGCAGGAAUCCGGCGACGCAGGAAUACCGAGGCAGCGUCAGGCAUGACGCGUCCCCUUACAAGACGCCCAUAUCACCGCCCCUGGCUUCACGGGCGGGAGCGGGCGGUUAUCCAGCCUACCCUCCCGCGGGCGACGGCCACGUGGGCGGCGGGGGCGGAAUGGUGGGUGGCGGCGGGCGGUACAUGCAACAGCCGCCCUUCGUGGCCUACCCUAGGGAUACACACUACGUAAGGUCCACGGACCGACCGGUGAUGCUCCCCCACAGACGGCCCACCAUCAUGGGACCCUAUGGGCCCUACUCGCGCGCAGGGGCGGAAAUGUUAUGGCCUUACGCUUCACCACGCUCGGAUUUGAUGCCGCUCGUGCCCAACAACUCCCUGGCAGUCAGUACCACCAUGGACUCCAGCAAACGGAUCAGGUUGACCGCCAAGCCUGACACUCGUGGCCCACUUGUCAUUGACACCUCAGACAACAACCAUAGUAACAAGGAGUCCACCUACACCCCGCAGGUGGAGGCCAUCUCCCCCACCAUGCCCAACGACCCCCGAGAUGAGUCGCCCCUCCGCUCCACCAAAGACGAUCUCCUCAAGCACAUAGAACAAGUGGACAGGGAGAUUGCGAAGGCUGAGUCAAGCAUUGCCAAGCUGCGCAAGAAAGAGGGAGAGCUGGAGGUGGCUGCACAGAAGGGAGAUGGGGCCAAGGCAGAGGAAGAUGACACCAAGGAGCCAAGACACCACAGCAUUGCACAGAUCAUCUAUGCUGAAAACAGGAAAAAGGCGGAGGAAUCCCAUAAUGUCCUGGACAAGUUAAUGCCGCCCGCUGAUGUGCCCAGCGUCCUGCCACUGUACCACCAACCCACCGACACAGAGGUCUACAUGGCCAACAAAAGGCAAUACGCAGGCUUCAAGCGGCGGCUCAUGGAGUACUUCAAGAAGCGCCACGCCAGCAAGAAUGAGCGCGAGUCACACCUCACCCAGACAUACUCCAAGCUUAUGACUGAGUGGCUCAAGAGAGUGGAGAAGGUUGAGAACUCCAAGAAGCACAAGGAGAAGGUGGCGAAGAAUCGUGAGCUGUUUGAGAAGGUGUUCCCCGAGUUGAGGAAGCAGCGCGAGGAGAAGGAAAGGUUCUCUCGGGUGGGAGCGAGAGUCAAGAGUGAUGCAGAGAUGGAGGAGAUCAUGGAUGGCCUUCAGGAACAGGAGAAUGAGGACAAAAAGAUGCGAGCUUAUGCUGUGAUUCCCCCAAUCCUUCUGGAGGAGAGGAAGCGAAAGCAACGGUAUAUUAACAAAAACGGACUAAUAGAGGAACCCAUUAGUGAAUACAAAGAAUACAAAAAUAUAAAUAUCUGGACCGAACAGGAGAGGGAAAUAUUCAAAGAAAAAUAUCUACAACACCCAAAGAACUUCGUGGUGAUAGGAAGUUACCUGGAAAGGAAGUCUGUGAGUGAUUGUAUUCAAUAUUACUAUAGCACCAAAAAGAAGGAGAACUACAAGAUGCUGGUGAAACGGCGGAUACGACGGCCGCGCAAACCCAACAACCAGCCAGUGGUGGAGAUGGUGGGGCUCAACUCCACGGGGGUCACCACCAGAGGGUCUGCUGCUGCCUUGCGUACACAGAACCCAUCCACCACUCGUAGUUCUCUGUCCAUCUCUGCCGGACAGGAGGACAACCAAAACUUUGGGGGGGCUCAGCAACAACAGCAGCAGCAGCAGCAGCCCCCCAACUCUACUGCCUCCAACUCCACCCACAAUGCCACUGCCAACAGUACCCCGGCUACCUCGCCUGGCUCCACCCCAGCCCCCAAUGACUUGGUGGCCACUACCACCAGCGAGGCACCCACCUCCACUUCCACCUCCACGUCCACCGCCACCACCACUAUAUCCAGCAUAUCCAGUAAAGAGGUGCAGGAGAAGGACAAGGAAAACCUCUCCCUCAGUGACAAGAAUAGCAGUGGUGGCGGUGGUAGUAGCAGUAGUGGGGAGAAACCUGCCAGGAGGGAACGUUCUCGUAAAGAUGAAGAGAAGACCAAAGACGCGCAAGACUCCAGUGAUGACGACAACCAUGAGCAUGGGAAAGGAGGACCACAUGAGUGUAUUCUGUGCAAAACCCAGCUGGAGCACUAUGGUCUGUCCCGUCCCAUUGCCCCAGGACAGGCUGCUCAGUAUGGCCUUGUCGAAGCUCACCUGCCCUCCAAUCCUCGAGUGUGUAAUGGCUGCAGGUGUCGUGCUGGCCGGGGAAGGAGAGUCACACAAUGCCCCAUACCUACAUGUCAAACUCCAAAGUGGAGGGUGAAGCGUCUUCGGCCGCUGCCACCCCAGUGGAGUGACUUGCCCCCAGAUGUGAAGGACCCGAUUAUCAGAGAAUUCCAGAUCCCAAGUGAUGUGACCAAAUGCUGCUCGGCGUGCCAUAACCGCAUUAGCCGUAAGCUGGGACCUGAGGUGGAGGAGCCUGUUGAUCCUUCACGCUGGUCAGAGGAAGAGAUGGAUGCCUUGCGCUGUGCCCUGAGGGAGGUUGGAUGCCACUGGUCCAAGGUUGCUGAACGCCUCCCUAACAAGACGGAAGGCCAGUGCAAGAGCUUCUACUUUAACUUUAAAAAGAAGUACAAGUUGGAUGAUGUGGUGGCUGAGUACCGUAAAAACAGGGGAAAGGGUGAUGGGCCACCCACUGUUACGGAUGAGGAGGAGAGUGGGUCGUCUACAUCCAGUUGUGAUGAAGAUGGCACAGUGCCCCCACCUCCCCCCGGCCCGGACUCCGCCUCUGACACCGCCUCCGCUCCGUCCCCGGGUCCUACCCACAACAAUAUUGAUGCGGAGAAGCGCGAGGCCCCUGGGCUAGCGGGGGGUGUGAUGAAGGAGCCAUUACCACCCGCUGUGAGUCAGCCACUACCCGGUGUGCGAGCAGAGGACAAUGACUCCUCGGCAACUGCCAGUGCAGAUGAGGGCCAGAGUGGAGUUGGUUGGGACUCACCAGACGUGCAGCACAUCCCUCAUCCUGGGGAGCGACGGCCAGCACCUGCUACCCCUGCCAAACUGCCGCAUGCUCCACCACUACCAUCCAAUGCCAAGGGUGCUCCACCACCUCCUCCCAAUGCCAACAGCUCUUCAUCGGGCAAUGUGAGGGACCUGAUUUACUCCGUCAUUGAAAAAAGCUUGAACAAGGGGCCCAAUCCCCCCACCAAGUCCCCACCAACUAUCACAUCCAUCCUAAGGACCACGGAUGGCCGUCAGGUGCCGCCACAGCCCUCGCCCAGCAGCAUGGAGUACCAGCGGGACCAGCGCAUCAACAUGCCGUGCCGCUACAAUGACCCCCGUGCAGGCUUGCCUGAUGCCUCUGCCUACCAUCAGGAUGUUCAGAGCGAGGGUCUUGACCUCAGUAUUCGAAAGAGAAACCGCUCUCCACCACCACAGCCACAGCCACAGCCUCAACACACGCCGCACCCACCUCCAGCUCCCCUGCAGCACUCUCAACUUCCACCACCCCAAUUCCACCAGCCCCCACCCCCACCCUCUUCAGUAUCUAGGGAGAUGCCUACCAUGACAGUACGUGGUGGGGCUGAGGUUACUAUCACUAGCAAGGACCCUCCACCCAGGGCACACCUCAAUACCAGCUACAGUAAGCCACCCCAUGAGCCAUGGCUGCCAAUUGUAGACCCACGUAACAAGUCACCCUCACCAUUCAUAUCUGAUAACAGAAGCCUCUCACACCAACCACCACCCUCCAUCAUGACCAGUGGUGCUUCAGUGCCUGCACCAAUGGCUUAUCCCACUUCUGUUCGGCCACCUCAUGCUCUGCAGCCCUCCAAACCCAAGGUUAGCAUGGCCCCUCCCCCACCUCUUACCUCUGUGCGCACACAGCAUCCACCGCCCCAACCUGUUACCGCUCCUUCUAGAAUCCCACUCAAGCAGGAAAAGCCUGGUGGUCCCCUUCAUGUAGGCUCCAUCACCCAGGGAACACCUGUCAAUCCACCAAUUGUAUCAGUACCCAUCAGUCAGCCUGGGCGCUUUGACAUGAUGCCCAAAAUGGGAAAGGAAGGUGGCUCCAUCACACAGGGUACUCCAAUUCAUCAUGAUCCUAAGCGAUCUUCAACCAAUAUCCCAUAUAAGGAAGUGGUCUUUGAGCCCCGACCUGGCAGUGGUGUAGAAAUCAUCCCUCGGCCGGCAAUGCACACUCAGUAUGAUCGAGAAACUGGAUAUCGGGGUCCUCGACCACCCAGCUCUACAGCACCUCCCACUACCACGUACGCUUAUCCUGCCUAUCCCUAUACCACAAGACCGCCCUUCACAGACACACAGUUCAAUUCACGGCAGAUCAUCGCCAAUGACUAUGUGACUUCACAGCAGAUGCCAGGACGGCGGGUCACUGAGAAAGACCCUCGUGUAUCCCCGCGUGGGAGAGACCCUAGCCCCCAGCAGGAUCCGAGGGACCAUCGCAGUUUACCUGGGAGCACCACUGUCAACCGUAUCAUGGACCCGCGGGGAUUGGAACCCCGCACGAUAGACAUCCGUUCAGUGGAUCAUCGGAACAUAGACCAUCGGAGCCACGACCAUCGAAACCUGGAUUCCCGUAUGGAACUGCGAACACUAGACAGAACACUGGACCAUCGUAUGGUGGAGCACCGGCCUGACCACCACAACAUCUACAUCACUAGUGGUGCUCCUCAUGGAUCUUAUCAGCCACCAUCACAGCCAUCCUCCACUCCUGUGUAUCUCCCAUCCCGGCCGCCACCCUCCCCUGCAUCAGCACGUGAUGCCACACCUACACCCCCAACCUCUGAGUCUGCCCAGUCACCCCACGACUUUCGAUCUCCCGGUGUAUCAACCCCUACACCUCCGCCUCGUGUUGGAGUGAUUCAGAGGUGGCCACCUAGCAAGCCACCUUCCCACAUCCCCCCAAAGAGCGCCUCACCCCGCACUGAUCCUGGCUGUUACUCACCAAUGCAUGGGCCUGCUCCUACUGCCCCUGCUGUUGGGUCAGAGAAUUUGAAAGCACUAGUGGACACGGCAGUGGCACAUCGUAGUAGUGGUGGUGGAGGCAGCGUGCCUUAUCCACCAGCGGUAGACAUACGAAGGGAUGGACGACAUCAUGAUGCUCCACAGCUGGAAGGCUUUGAGCAACAGCUGACAGACUCCAUGAAAAGUUCACGUGCUCUCAAUCCUAACAAACAUGAUGUGCGACCACCUCCACACGAUGCACGCAUCCCACAGUCACUGCCACCACAGAGUGAAGACCGCCGUUUCCAUAGUGACAGAGCUCCUGGUGGGUACGACCGUCAAAGAGUGAUACCGAAAAGUGUAGAGCCAAAAUCUGACUUGGAGAGAGAUGCUGCUAAAGACCUUGCUUCAUGUUUCAAGACAGAGGAGCCACCCAAAGCUCCACCACCAAAGCCUGGAGGCCGCUCUCAGAAUGAGACAUUGACAGCAGCUAAUUUGAUUGAUGCAAUUAUCACACAUCAGAUUAACAAUGACAAUGAGAAUGGUACUGGUGGUGGUGGUGGCAAUGGAGGUGGUGGUAAUACUGGUGGUGGAAGUAGUGGGGGUGGGGGUGGCGGUGGUGGUGGCGGUGGGGGUGGUGGUGGGGGUGGUCGUGAACAGCGCACCACAUACAGGCGAGAGGGUGAAGGAGCCCUGCAGGUGGUGGAACUAGACAAACGAGUCAGAUCACCGGCUGGCCCUCCCCUGCCCCCACCAAAAGAGAAAGAGGUAGUGACAGUGGAGGAUGGACCUGAGCCUCGUCCCACCAAUCCCCUCAAUCACAAGGAUGGCCUCAAUGCCUCCAUGCAUGCACCACCUCAUCAUCUUGGCCCUAAGUCUAUCCAGGCCCAUAUGGACCAGAUCAUUCAUAGGGAGUUUGCCAGCAAUGAUGGGCGCAAGAUAUCAGCAUCCCAUCUCCCUUACAGCAGACCACCCUUUGAGAUCUUAAGAACUGAUGGCAGACCCAUUGUUACCUCAGGAGGGCCACCUGCUGUCACGGUCUCUCAAAUCAGCCUUGAUCAGUGGAAGAUGCGUGGUGGUAUGGAUAAGGAGGGUAAAGAGAGGCUUGAGUCUCGCUCACCUCACCGCCCUCCACCAACAUCUGCUCCUUCUUCUACCCAUCAUUUGUCAGUGCAACAUCUUGCUCCUGAUGAGCGACAAAUUAUCCGUAUUGCCCAGAGUGUCUCCCCAAGGCCGGACCAUAAACUGCGCACCCCACCUGCCGCACCAGCUGGUAGUUUUCCAGUGGAGCCAAUAUCUCCCCCAACAUCAUCUGCCCCACCAAGCUCAGAUCCUAACCACAGUGAGUUGAAUACUCACUGGAAUUUCCAAAAGCGGCCUGGUGGUUCUAAGGAAAUGUUUGAGUAUGUUCGCUGUAAGAUUGCAGAGGUCAUGAGGACGCCAGACUCGCAGGAUGGCGAAAAAUUGGGUCAUGAGGACCGCCAUCCUCGGUCAGGCACACCAGCCACCCAGCCCUCGGCACCACCUACCAAUGCCCACUCAGAUGUUGACGACCAAGCCAGAAAGCGGCCACGGCCUGAUGUUACAGAGCAGCGGCCGCCAUCCCGUCCACGCUCCACCGGGGGCGACUCGGCCAAGGAACGGCGGGAGGAGCCCCCUCCACCCCUCCGGGACGACGUGGCCGAUGCAGACUCACCACAGUCAGGGGAAAUGGUGAUUGAUGAGUCACCACGUGACCACCCACCCACCUCUAAGGCUGGGGAUGCUGGUGGACCAGGCAAGAUAGGGCCCAAGCCUGGGGAAGCAGGUGAGCGGUACUCUUCUGGAAGUGGAGGACCUGGGAGUCAGUACCCCCCAUACUCAUACUCUGGGUUCCGUGGACAUGGAGGCCAAGGAGGGGUACCACCAGGGGUACCGCCCUCCACCACCACUGCCACCACUACCAGCAGUAGUGUCAGUGGGGGACGUCUCCCCCAGGGCUAUGAGCCCAACGUUGAGCCAGUCAGCGAUGAUGACUGAGUGAGCUUGAAGGACCGGACAAGACAGCCGUGAUAAGUGUUAUCUGUGAUCUGUUUUGUGGACUAGUGUUGUCACGCCGCACUCUGGUGUACAAAGCUACCCAUCUGUGUGUGUACAUAGGAGUAAGUAGGUGGUUUGUGUUAAUACUCAGGCUCCAAGAGGGAAGGGUUGCUGUCAACACUGCCCGCUGUCACAGCCACUACCGUCGCCCGUGUCAUGCUGCGCCCCACGCCCGCAACCUUGCCCUCCUGUCACGCCCAUUCUUCUCCAUGAGAUAUUUAUGAAUCAUUACAGACUGGUGACACAAUUGCCAUUUCACUGCUGCACCGCCGGCCAAACCGAGCAGCGGCAGUGGCUGUGUCAGUGACCUGGCAGUGCCCAUACAGACCCUCCCCAUGAACAAAGCUGUCCCUCCGGGGCACGGACAGCACCCACCCACUGCUAUAUUCAGACAAGUUCAUUCCAAGGCCCCGCUGGCCUGCAUGGGCUGGUCCGCAUUGUACAGACCUUCCUUCCACUUGUUGAGGGCGGCGGUUGGCGGCCCGCCUGGUGCGCGCUGCCGCCCAUCUCUCACAUCAUUACAUGUCAGAAAUGUUAUUUUUGUUGAAAUAAAGAUGCUCAAAACCUG